GUGAGUUGAAAAAUUGUAACUAAAACACCAACACAGAUUUCUCAUUAUCAUUUUCAUGAAGCUUUCUCCAUAGCCAUCUAAAAUGUCUAGAGAGAAUACUUUAGAAGCAAGUGUGAGGAGACAAGACAUGUAUAAACUGAGGACACCACCUUGGAAAGAAACUUACAGAAAGAGAUGUUUGGACAGGCUAAGAGAGAACAGAGCUAGGCAUCACUUAUCAAAAAGACAUCUGUGUCUCGAUGCUUCAGAUCUCAAUGAAAAUGUUGGCCUACCUGUUGAGGGUUCUAGCAUUGAGAACAAAAUGCUUGAAAUAGAUGCCAUCAUGGAGGAAGAGUGGAGAAAGAUGGGGCUGGAGAGGAGAGGGGAUGGCGGAGCCCUCUGUGAGGACUUUCUGUCUGAAGAUGUGGAGUUAAACGAUGGACUCAUUCAGUUUUACAGUGAUAUACAAGAGGAAAUAAAGAGAGAUCUUCAAAGGGAGGAGCAAAAGUUGUUGAGCCUACAAGACCUGGGUGAUCUUCAUGUCUUGGAGGAAGAGGAAGCCUUGUGUUCGGACCUUAAAGCUCUCACCACUAAAGAUGUUCUCUGUCCACUGUGUACUAAAGGUGUUUUGUUAGAGAAUAAAGGUGUCAUCAUAUGCCAGUGUGGCCUCAGGAUAGACACAGAGCAAGACUGCAUCAGUUUAAAAUACAUUCAAGACACCCUAGACUCAGGGGCAGCUGAACAUAGUGAGAACUGUGAGGCCACCCCAUCCUUCCAGUUGUCCCAGAAGUUUGGAAUCACAAACCUGCUUAUGGUUUGUCAGGCUUGUGAUUUUCUGUAUGUCAUAGUAUGAUGUCAGCCCACCUGACAUACGGCAUAGUGUGAUGCCAACAUGCUGUAUAUAGAUGUACUGCCAACCUGUGUUAUCUAAUAAUAUGAUGCCAACCUGUAUGUCAAGCUGCCUGCCAUGUUUUAGUAUAAUGCCAGCUACCUUGAUGUAUAAUAUACUGCCAACCUAAUGCAUAUUCUACCAACUUGCUAUAUGUUAUAGUAUAAUGUUAGCCAACAACCCAUGUUAUAGUAUAGAUGAUGCCAAUGCUGUAUUUACUGCCAACCUGCUGUUUGUUAUUGUAUGUCACAGCCAACCUCCCUUAUGUUAUAAUAUGUUGUCAGCCAACCUGCUGUAUGUUAUUGUAUGUCACAGCCAACCCUCCUUAUGUUAUUGUAUGUUGUCAGCCAACCUGCUGUAUGUUAUUGUAUGUCACAGCCAACCUCCCUUAUGUUAUAGUAUGUUGUCAGCCAACCUGCUGUAUGUUAUUGUAUGUCACAGCCAACCUCCCUUAUGUUAUAGUAUGUUGUCAGCCAACCUACUGUAUGUUAUUGUAUGUCACAGCCAACCUCCCUUAUGUUAUAGUAUGUUGUCAGCCAACCUGCUGUAUGUUAUUGUAUGUCACAGCCAACCUCCCUUAUGUUAUAGUAUGUUGUCAGCCAACCUGCUGUAUGUUAUUGUAUGUCACAGCCAACCUCCCUUAUGUUAUUGUAUGUUGUCAGCCAACCUGCUGUAUGUUAUUAUAUGUUGUCGCCCAACCUCCUUUAUGUUAUAGUAAGUUUUCCAGCAACCUCUCAUGUUAUAGCAUGUUGUCUGCCAACCUGCUGUAUUAACUGCCAACCUGCUGUAUUAACUGCCAACCUGCUCUAUGUUAAAGUAUAUUGUCAGCCAACCUCUCAUGUUAUAGCAUGUUGUCAGCCAACUUUGCUGUAUUAACUGCCGACCUGCUGUAUUAACUGUCAACCUGCUCUAUGUUAUAGUAUAUUGUCAGCCAACCUCCCAUAUGUUAUAGUAUGGUGUCCGCAUACCUGCAAUAAGUUGUAACUAGUAACCCAACCUGCGUACAAAAUGUUAUUAUAUUAUACCAACCAACCCACUGUUUCUAUGAGUUCUAAUGGACCACUGCAUUUUUUUUAACAAAAUCUCAUGAAAUUAUUGUUACUGCUAUGUUUUAGUUGCUGAACUUGGAUGUCAAAUUAUGUGAUUCUUGUAUGUGAAAGAUUAAAAUUUUGAAAAGAUUUUAAUUAAUUAUUGAAAUCUCUGACCAAAAAAGUAUAAAAUUAAAAAAUGAUUGUAUGAUUUUUGUGUCUUGUGUGGUUUAAGUUUAUCUUUGUGUUGAUAAAUGUAACAUUUACUAUAAUAAAGUUAAAGCUUGUGUAGCUCAUGUGUAGUUAAAGUUUAACUUUGUGUAGCUCUUGUGUGGUAAAGUUUAAAUGUGUGUGAAUAAGAAUGUGUGACACAGUUUAAAUAUGCUUGCUGAUGUGAAUGUUAACUUUAAUUUUUUAUUUCUUUAACAAUGUCAUCAUUAACUGGUGUUCAGUGUAGAAAUUAAAUUCCCUUUUAUAUUUUAAAAAUCAGUUCCUUGUAUAUUUUUCAGCAGCUACAUUUUUGCAAUAUUGUUUGUCUGUCAAUAUUUUAUUUAUUUUUACUCUUAAUAAUUUACAUUUUUGAGAACAUACUGAUUGUACUGUUAUCCAGAAAUGGCACAGUUAUAUGCUAAUAAGGCCAACUGAAAUAUUUCAAACAUACCUGGUGAUAAGUGAUUUGAAAUAA